UCUUGCUUACCGUCCCAGACGCACACACACACACAAGACUUGUCCAGUGUAUGUCUAGUCUCGACGUCGUGUCGACAUCCUUGAAAGCAACUCGGAACUGAACGGAUCGGAUCGGAUCGGGAGAGAAACCCAAUUUUGUUGUUCGGUGCGGGACGUCUCAAAGUGUGUUGGAGAGGGGCUUCUGUUGUACAGUGGUGAAUAACAUAUACCCCUCUUCAAGUGUUGGGGGGUGUAUUUUUUUCUUUCUCUCUUAUCUCUUCCGGAAGCCGGAAGGAGAGAAUUUGUUUUUGCGGGAGAGAGAGAGAGAGGAUGUUUUGUUUUGAUCCAGCCCGACUGCUGGAUUCCUAAGAUUUCUGGCUGUUUGGAGUAGUAGGAAGAGGAGGAGCUAGACAGAAGUGGUCCAAUGAGGAGUGUGCUCUAGUUUCCGGAGUGGAGAAAUAGACAAAAUCCGUUCGCAAAAUAAACGGACGAACCGCCAUCAUUUUUGCCAUCGUUGGAUCCCAAACUUUUUGUCAAUUUCACGUUUAGAACAUGUCCGCCUCCCGGCGGCGUCAUUCGGAACAAUUGCCGUUGCAGCUGGCGCUAGCGGAUGAAGUCGUCCAAGUGCCGGGCGGCGCAAUCCGCCACGACAGCCAUCACGGAAUUCACAAACUCCAUCGCUCGUCGCAGCACCAGUCUCAGCAGCAGCCACACGGGCAGCAGCCGCUGGUGAGAACGCGCAGCUCUGCUCAUUUGUUUCUUGGACAACUGACAGGAACGUGUUCCAGUCUCUUGCGCCGUCUGUCGGUCAAAGUCCGUUACUUGUCGCUCUCGCUCAUCCCGGGUUCAUCCGGUUCCCGUUCUGGUUCGCUGACUGGCGCCGCCGCAUCCAGGCCUUGCACUCCGCCGUCCGCCAGAAACCGACCGCAAUCAGCCGACCGAGUCGUCGAAGACAUUGGAGCUGGGCAGCGGGUCCGUCCCAGACGUCACACCACUACCGUAUGCACCGCCACGAUGGAUGAGUCGACACCCGUGGCCAACCACCGCAAUCUCUCCUCCCACGAUUCCGGAAUGCUGGUCGACUACCGGACGGCCAGACAUUCGCCCAGUCCCGGAUCGGACAGCGAAGCCACUCCGACGCCCAGUCCGUGUACUUUCUCCAUGCCGGUGGCAGCGGUGGAAGACACGCUCUACACUUCCGGCCAGCAACACCUGAGGGCCGACGAUUAUCCGACGUUGAAAGGAUCGAGUCGGCGGAGGCGGCGCAACCAUCACCACAGCAGCAGCGGCAGCAGCGGAGGCAACAACAACAACAACAACAACAAUAAUCAUCAUCACAACCGUCAUCAUCAUCAGCAUAACCGGAAGAGUCAGACGGAAGCGUCUACAGGUCGCGAUCGAACGAGUCCAGGAUCGGAGAGUGAAGGCAAGCGGAACAGCUGCGCCACCACCGACAACGACGACGACCACCAGUUGUUGGGCGAGUCGACUACUGCAACUACUGCAACAACGCCUUUGGCACUGGACCAAUGUUUUGCUCUGGGCCUAAAUUUAACCACUGCGACUCCGUCCAAUAAGUCGACGGAUACAUUUUUGGCCGCCGACCAGGAAAACGAGGAGGAGGAAGAAGACGAAGACGACGAUGCUGCGGCUGUUGCCGGAUCGUCUGCUGCCGAUCCGCAGUCUGAGCAAGUAGAUAGCGAGUUGUUGACCAACAACAAUACGACAGCCAAUCCUUACUUUGAUUGGUUCCUUUCGUGCAAUUUGCAAGAGGAAAAAGCCUCGUCACUGGGCGGCUGCUCCUCCAAAGUGCCUCAGAAAUCCAUCCGGCCGGAAGAAGACGACGACGACGAAGAAGAAGAGGAUCAACAGACGUCGCUGGAAGAUUUGCCUUACCCCAUUUUGCUGGACGAUUGGAUUUCCACGCCUCCGUGUCCGCCUUCACCUCCGCCGCCCAUCCCGGAGCAUCAGCACCUAACCACGGGUGAGAGUUGCAGCUCAAUGGAUCGCGAUCCAUUGGCGGCCUUGCGCCAUCAUUCGACCUGGUUCGAAGAGUACGCCUAUCCGGCUUACUCCAGUAAAUCAAAUCCGGCCGGUGGUGGCGCCGGAAGCAGCAGCAGUAAAUCGUCGAAUCGCCUGUCGGCCACUGGAACGUCGUCGGUGGGUGGCAGCAGCCGGAUGAUGGCCGAGAAAGCCUAUCCGUACGUGUCGUCGCCGGCCACUCCGUCGCGGCACAGUAACACGAAAUACCAUCAAACGGCGACGCCUUCCUACCUGCUGGAUCCUUACGACCUCCUUUACGACGAAACGGCUUACCAGGUGUCGGAAUUGGGAGUCAAACCGCUUUCUUCUUCCGGAGUCAAUAAGUCGUUGAUGACUUCUUCUUCCUCGUCUACUAUCAUUCCGGUGCCAUUGUCUUCGUCAUCCGGCAAUAAUAACAACGAACGCGGUGUUCAUCCGGGACCCGAAUCCUUUCCUGGCGUCGAGCCCGGCACGCGCCUCGGCGGUGGCGGUAGCCAUGGCUACGGCCAAACAAGCAGCACGGUUGGUAGCAGCAGCAGCACGACGGCCGGUAGUAACAAAAUUCUACCUUCGUCGUCGUCAUCAUCAUCCAUCGUGGCGGCAGCAGGAGCCGGGAUUGGCCAACAUCAUCAGCCGUCUGGAACAUGUUCAUCUAACGCCACGACCACCACCAGAACGAGUUCCCGUGCCCCAUCGGUGGAGGACGACGAAGACGGACAUCUUCUUUACCGAAAUGGCGACAUUCUCCAGAAUCGAUAUCGAGUGCAGGCCACCCUGGGCGAGGGCACCUUUGGUAAAGUGGUCAAAGUCAAAGACGUGACCAAAUCCAGGGACGAGAGCUUCGCCUUAAAGAUUAUUAAGAAUGUCGAGAAAUAUCGUGAGGCGGCCAAACUGGAGAUCAACGUGCUGGAAAAGUUGGAUCGCAAAGAUCCCGAAGGCAAAUUCCUCUGCGUCAAGAUGUUGGACUGGUUCGAUUAUCACGGCCACAUGUGCAUCGCCUUUGAAAUGCUGGGCCUUUCCGUCUUUGAUUUCCUGAAGGACAACAACUACCAGCCGUACUCGUUGGAUCAGGUGCGUCACAUCGGCUACCAGUUGUCGUACGCCGUUCGAUUCCUGCACGACAACAAGUUGACCCACACGGACUUGAAGCCCGAAAACAUUCUCUUUGUCGACUCGGACUUUGACAUCUCCUACAACCCCAAAAAGAAAAGGGAUUACAGGCGAGUGAAAAGGACGGACGUGCGACUGAUUGAUUUCGGCAGCGCCACUUUCGACCACGAACAUCACAGCACCAUCGUCUCGACCCGCCACUACCGCGCACCCGAAGUCAUUCUCGAAUUGGGAUGGGCGCAGCCGUGCGAUGUCUGGUCGGUUGGCUGCAUCCUCUUUGAACUCUACUUGGGCGUGACCCUCUUUCAGACCCACGAUAAUCGGGAACAUUUGGCCAUGAUGGAGCGCAUUCUCGGUCCCAUCCCCUACAGAAUGGGAAGGAAGACCAAGACCAAGUAUUUCUACCACGGCCGGUUGGACUGGGACGAAAAGAGUUCGGCCGGUCGCUACGUCCGUGAAAACUGCAAGCCGCUGAAACGCUAUCAAGUGUCGGAUGAAGAGGACCACGUCCUCCUCUUUGACUUGAUCCAGCGGAUGCUCGAGUACGAGCCGUCGCAGCGGAUCGCCUUGACGGAAGCUCUCAAACAUCCGUUCUUCGACAAGAUCGCGCCUCACCUUCGCCUAGGAGCCGACCGAGUGGACCGUGAACGCAGUCAUUCGCUCUCCAGAUGACUGACGAUGUCAUCCGUGUGAUGUGGAGAAUUUAUUAAAUUGAAAAUUGCGUUGAAUAAUUGCCCCCUUAUUGAACUUUUCUCUUAUUUCCUACACGCCCCUCCUCCCUCCCCUUUAGCCCAUCACUCCGCCUAACUUCUUCUAAAUACCAACUCCGUUUUUUACUAUUUUUCGUUGUCCAAUUUUUGUCUCUCGUUACUCACAGGCAGGCCGGACACAGGGGAUUAGACACUAAAACAAAACAAAAGAGAAUGUCGGAAGAGUCUCCCAAUGUUUCGGUUGGCAAAAAGACAAAAAAGAGACAAACUGAACUGAAAUGUUUAUUCCUUUUUUGGAACCCUGACCGCCCCCAUACAAUUUUGUUUAGGAAAACUUUUGUUUCUGUUGUUUUUUUUCUUCAACUUUCGCUGAAAUGUUUCAACCACAAGAUGAUACGCGGUGAAACACGAUGGCGAUUGUUUGUUUGUGUGUGUAAAAGCCCUGACAAGCCAAGCGCGACAAUUAAGGACAUCAAAUGAAAUUGGUGAUUGAGAGAGAAAAAAGAUUCAAAUCUGCUCCUCGUUGUCUCCUGCUGAUGCUGUUGCCGUUCGUGUGGGAUUAGGAAAGAACGUGACUUGCUCCUCCUCGUCGUCGAUCCUCUCCUUCUGCCCCUACUCCACACAUCCAUCGUAAAUAUAAAAACUAUUAAAGGAAAUAUUUGAAUUGACAUAAUCUUUCACAAGUCCCAACUCUACAACUACUAGAUGAUUCCCACUUUGCGAAUUUCUUUUUCCUUUCUUGCCAGUCCUUGAUUUAGUCAUGAACUGUAAUAGCUAAUUAUCAAACGCGACUUCCAAUUUUGUUUUUGUUUUUCUCUCUUUGGUUCUGUCACUUCUGUGCCGGACAGCCGUGAUGUUCGCUUGACGAUUGUUAUUAUUUUUCCUUAUUAUUAUUAUUUUUCUUCUUCUUUUUUUUUUUUUAUUUGUUUGUGUGUGUCACAUCAUCUUUUCAACUCCCCCCCCCCCCAUGUGUUUCCUCGUCGACGACUAUGAAUAAUAAUUGAGUAAACAUUUGAUGAAUAAAUACAUGGAAAACCGAAUUA